UGCAUGCACCAACAACCACACAUCAAUCUUUUUUUCUCCCGCCUGACUACUCGGUGAAUGUAAUUUGUUUUUUGUUUAUUGUUUUGGACCUUUAUUCUCAUUAUUUUUGGCCUGUUAUUAUUUCAGCUUUUGCUUUUUAUUCCAGCUUUAUAUAUUUCCACCUUUUGCUUUGAACGCGCCCUGACCAGAGGACACACGUCUGCGCAGUUGAGACAAUGGGAUAUCAGAAAAAGACCGGUAAAGGUCGUCUCGACAAGUACUACCAUCUUGCCAAGGAGCAGGGUUACCGUGCUCGCUCGGCAUUCAAGCUGAUCCAGCUGAACAAAAAGUACAACUUCCUAGGAUCCGCCCGCUCACUCAUUGAUCUGUGCGCCGCUCCAGGUGGAUGGCUCCAGGUUGCCCAAAAGUAUAUGCCCGUGAAGAGCAUCAUUCUCGGUGUCGAUCUGGUGCCCAUCAAGCCUAUCCCGAACGUGAUCACCCUUGUCGAGGAUAUUCUCACAGAUAAGUGCCGCAACCGCCUGCGCCAGGAGAUGAAGACAUGGAAGGCUGAUGUCGUUCUGCACGAUGGUGCGCCCAACGUUGGAUCCAACUGGUCUCAUGACGCAUACUCGCAGACCGAGCUCGUGCUCAUGUCCUUGAAGCUCGCCACAGAGUUCCUCAACAAGGGCGGAACCUUUGUUACCAAGGUUUUCCGGUCCAAGGACUACAACAGUCUUAUCUGGGUGUUCAACCAACUGUUCCGCAAAGUCGAGGCCACAAAGCCCCCAUCGUCGAGAAACGUGUCAGCCGAGAUUUUCGUCGUCUGCCAGGACUACAUUGCACCCAAGAAGAUUGAUCCGCGGUUCCUCGACGCAAAGUACGUAUUCGAGGACCUGAUCCUCAACAAGGCACAGACAUCGACAGAUAUCUUUGCGCCCGAGAUCAAGAAGAAGAAGCGCCAUCGUGAGGGUUACGAGGAGGGCGACUACAUACUGCACAAGAAGAUUGACGCCAUGGAGUUUGUCAAGAGCAGAGACCCCGCCGGCACACUGGGCGGUGCUAACGAGAUGGUCUUUGACACGGAGGAGUCGAUUGAGGUUGCCAAGCUGCCCGAGACAACCGAGGACAUCUUGCUGGCAUGCAGGGACCUUCGCGUUCUUGGCAAAAAGGACUUCCGUAUUUUGAUGAAAUGGCGCGCCAGCCUGCGUGAGCGUUUCCAGCUCGAGAAGGCCGAGGAGCAGCCUAAGAUCGACGACGGCGCUGACGGCAAGGACGGCAGCGACAUCGAGGGGGAGCUGGACACGCUCGCCACGGAGGAGAUGAAGAGGCUGAAGAAGGAGCGCAAGCGCCUGAAUGCCAAGCGCCAGCGCCAGCUGAUCAAGCUGCAGCUCAACAUGACCACCCCCACCGAUAUUGGUAUGGAGCAGGACGGUGGUGAUCCCGUCUUUAGAUCAGACCUUGCUAUUAAGAUGAGCGGCACCCGCGCGCUCAAGGAUCUGCGCGAGGCUGAUGUGGGUGACAUUGAUGUCGAUAUUGAUCUGGCUGACGACGAGCUUGUUGAGCUCGGAAGCCGUCCGAUUGACUCUGACAACAGCUACUCUGAUGCUGACAGCGGCGAUGAGGCCGGAGGCAACAAUGUUGACAGCGACGACGAGCAGCGUCUGCAGGAGAUGGAGGGAGAAAUGGACGAGAUGUACUCGGAAUACGUGAGCCACAAGCGCGAGCGCGACGCCCAGUUUGAUAUCAAGCGCAAGAGGGCCGCUCAGGAAGAAGACGCCGAAACCAAGGGUUCAGGCCAUUCGCGCAUGAUGCGCGACGCCAAGAAGGCCAAGAAGGACAAGCACGCUGCCGGCGCAAACAAGGGAUCUGCGCCUAUCGGCGACGUCAAGCUCGGUGGGCCCCAUUUCAAGGGCAUGGGCAACAUUGACCUAAACGACAUCACUGAUGAUGAGGAUGCCGACGAGGACGCUACCUACAAGAAUAUUUCCAGCAAGCUAGGCAAGCGCAAGCGUCAGGCCGACUCCAUUGCUGCCGAUGUGGACGACGCCAGCGAUGAGAGCGACUUUGAUAUCGCGUCUGCCGAUGAGGACGGCGAUCCCAACGACGUCGAGCUUAAGGACGAGGAGAGGCAAGCUGACUAUGACCUGGCCAACCCCGAGGCGAUGACCAUGAUCCGCGACCUGGCCAACCGCAAGACCAACAAGCAUGAUUUGAUUGACAAGCACUUUAACCGCUACACCUUCAAUGACACGAGAGAGCUUCCGGAUUGGUUUCCCCUGCUUCCGGUUUCCAAGGAGGCGGUGCGCAUGCUGCGCGAGAAGAUCAAGGCGCUGGACGCCCGGCCGAUCAAAAAGGUGGCUGAGGCCAAGGCCAGGAAGAAGAUGCGCGCGUCCAAGCGCAUUGUUGGCAUGCAGCGGAAGGCUGAGGGAGCCGAGAAGGCCCGCAGCAUCGACCGCAUGAUCAAGCGCGCCACCAAGUCCAAGCCCAAGGAGAAGGUCACCGUUAUUGUUGCUCGCAACGCCAAUCGUGGCUUGAAGGGCCGCCCCAAGGGCAUCAAGGGCAAAUACAAGAUGGUGGAUCCGCGCAUGAAGAAGGAGCUGCGCGCAAAGAGGGCGAGGGAGAAGCGCAACAAGAAGGGUGGAGGCCGUCGCUAAAUAUCUGGCUGACCGGGGGCAUGCGUGUGUGGCUACGAGAAGAGACUAAAUUGAUCUUUUGGUUUUGUUUUUCAUAUAUAUUUUCCUUUUUGUUUUUCA